CUAUUUCGCUGCAGUUGUUGUACAGCUUUGUUUUAAUUAACUAUAUAUACACACACUUGGUUACGCGCUCGCCUUCCGUGGUUCUUCCUUGGUUGCCGCUGGAUUGUUGUGAUUGUGCGCAUCGCUGCCUGCUUGGUUCACGAUCGGACUCUACGUACACGUACAUUUCGGCAUACCUCGGGAUUUACGGCCGUCCGACGCUAAGGUGCAUCAGGAUACUUUAUAUGUGAGGUAAACCUGACUGACUUGGUAUUCUCCUUUACCGGUUCCUCCAUAUAAUUGGUGACCCCGCAUUUUUAUUCAACAUUUUGUGUAUAUUUUUCUUUUUUUAACUUACAAUGUCUGAUCACGCGCCUGCCAUUAAUGCGUCGGAACAUUCUCUUGGACUCGUUUUGCCUUCAUUUGACGCUUCUAACCCACGUGUUUGGUUUGUUCAAGUGGAAGCCGUUUUCCGUUUUCGUAAGAUUACAUCCCAGUCCACUAUGUUUUCAUAUGUGACUGCUCACUUACCGUCCAACAUCGCCUCUGAGGUCAUCGACAUUCUUGACCCUAUGCCCCUAGAGUCCCCUUAUGAUAAACUUAAGGCAGCUAUAUUAAAGCGCACUACAGCCUCAGACGAAUCACGCCUUCAGCAGUUACUCUCUGGUGUAGAACUUGGAGAUAGAACGCCAUCUCAGUUACUCCGACACAUGCGUUCCCUCGUCGGUUCUUCCGCACUGGAUGAUUCCGUUCUCCGCCAGUUGUGGAGUAAUUGUCUUCCUGCGAAUACCACGGCUAUUUUAGCUGUGCUUGCCGACGAUCUUCCGCUAGACAAACUGGCAGAAGCUGCCGAUAAGGUUCACGAACGCUUCAUUAGAACGUCGGUAUCACACGUCACAGAGACUAGCUCAGGCAGCCCCUCCAGAACCACGCUACUUGAUACAAUCAGCGAGAGGCUUUCUAACUUAGAGCUCACCUUGUCCCAUCUCAGACGCGACCGCGUUCCUUCGCGACGAUCCGUUUCUCGAUCCAGACGGUCUAGCAGCUCUCGUACACGGAAGUCUCACCGUUAUUGUUAUUAUCACCACCGCUUCGGAGACGCAGCGCGUAAGUGCCGUCCAGGGUGUAAACACCCCAAAGCCUUUUCAACUCCUACGUCGGGAAACCACAUGGCCAGCCAGUAAUGGCGGCGGCUGUCGCUGGCCAAGUUAUUAGUCGCCUGUUGUAUGUAUUUGACUCCACAACCAAACUUCACUUCUUGGUUGAUACUGGUGCAGAAGUCAGCGUUCUCCCCCGUUCUCUGGAAAAACGCCCCCUGCAACCAGCGGGUCCAAUGCUUACGGCAGCUAAUCAGACUAAAAUCGCGACCUACGGCCAGAAAUUACUUACUUUGAGUCUCGGAUUACGGCGUAACUUCCCUUUCCUUUUUACCAUCGCCGAUGUGCAAAAGCCCAUUAUCGGAAUCGACUUCCUCAGCAAGUUCGGUCUUGUGGUCGACCUACGUUGUGGGAAAUUGCGAGACGAUACUACGUCUUUAAGCACACCCUGCAAACUUGCCUCAGUCAAUUCUCUCGGGCUUCGCAUCCUCAUCCCUGACGACUCACAGUAUUCUUCAUUGCUCCGACAAUUUCCGUCCCUAAUUCGAGCAAGUAACGACACUUCCGAUCCUAAACACGAUGUACGCCAUCACAUCGUUACAACCGGUCCGCCUGUAACUGCUAAAGCUCGACGCUUGCGUCCUGACAAACUCCAGGCAGCUAAAAAGGAAUUCCAACACAUGCUUGAUCUCGGCAUUAUUCGUCCUUCAAACAGCUGCUGGGCAUCACCUCUCCAUCUGGUGUCUAAAAAGUCAGGCGAUUGGCGACCAUGCGGUGACUAUCGUGCUCUUAACAACGUCACUGUUCCGGAUAGGUAUCCUAUCCCACAUAUCCACGAUUUCUCCCUUGGACUAGCUGGAAAGUCAAUCUUUACCAAACUCGAUCUUGUCAGAGCUUACCAUCAAAUUCCAAUGGCGGAGGAAGACAUCGCAAAAACUGCCGUGAUCACUCCAUUCGGCCUUUACGAAUUUCUUCGUAUGCCUUUCGGCCUCCGGAACGCAGCACAGUCUUUCCAACGCUUUAUGGAUCAGGUCCUCCGUGGCCUUGAUUUCGUCUACGUUUACAUUGACGAUGUCCUGAUCGCAAGCGCCACACCCGACGAGCAUUUAUCACACCUGCGAAUGGUUUUCGAACGCUUUGAAAACCACGGGAUAAACAUCAACCCGGAUAAAUGCAAAUUUGGUCAGCCAACCGUCGAAUUUCUCGGUCACAAGAUCGAUGGUGAAGGUAUUAAACCCCUUCCGGAGAAAUCUCAAGCAAUCCUCGACUACCCGAUGCCACAAUCUGUCCGAAGCCUUCGCCGAUUCCUCGGUAUGAUCAACUACUACGGCAGAUUUAUUCCCAACUGUGCUGAUUUGCUUCACCCGCUUACCGACUUAUUGAAAGGAAACUCAAAGACGUUUACGAUAACCCCAGAAGUUGAAGCCGCUUUCACGGCCGUCAAGCAGAAGUUCAGUGAGGUCACCUCUCUCCAUCACUUGAACACCACGGAGGACGCUACACUUGUCCUUAAGACGGAUGCUUCAAGUUCUGCUGUCGGUGCAGUUUUGCAACAGUUAGUUGAUAACGAAUUUCAACCACUGUCUUUUUUCUCACGGAAGCUUCAACCUGCUCAGGUCAGGUACAGCACCUUUGGUCGUGAACUGCUCGCCAUGUACUUGGCUGUGAAACAUUUCCGUCACCUUUUAGAAGGACGUCGUUUCAUUCUCUUGACAGAUCACAAGCCACUGGUGUAUGCCUUCCGUUCUUCCUCAGACCGUUACUCACCCCGAGAAACGCGUCAUCUGGACUAUCUUUCACAGUUUUGUGUUGAUGUUCGUUAUAUCGACGGUCCUAACAACGUUGUUGCCGAUGCAUUGUCCCGCGCUCAUGUGAAUCAACUGUCAUCGACGCCCAUCGACUUGGAGAGAAUAGCGGCCGCCCAAAACGAUGAUCCUGAGCUCGUUCAACUUCGUUCAAACUCCUCAUUGAAAGUCACCCAACUGCCCGUACUUAACUCUGACAUAAGAGUUUACUGUGAUCUUUCAACCGGUAAGCCUAGACCUUUUGUCCCACAAUCAUUUCGCCGAACCAUUUUUGAUCAUUUUCACGGUUUUUCACACCCAAGUAUCCGCUCCACCGUAAAACUCAUUACCGACCGCUUCCUCUGGCCCAAUAUGCGUUCAGACAUUAGACAGUGGGCUAAACAUUGCCUUAGUUGCCAAACUAGUAAAGUGCAUCGUCACACAAUCACCACCCCAGGUACAUUUUCACUCCCUGACGCUCGUUUUAGACAUGUGCACAUAGAUAUUGUUGGCCCUUUACCUCCUUCCAACGGUUUCACUCAUCUUCUAACAUGUGUUGACCGUUUUACCCGUUGGCCACAAGCUGUUCCCUUACGUGAUACCUCUACCGAAUCUGUAUCCCGUGCUUUUGUUGAAUCUUGGAUUUCGCUGUUUGGUGUUCCAUCCACCAUCACUACCGACAGAGGGGCUCAGUUCAGUUCCACACUGUUCCGCGAUCUGAGUCGUUUAUUAGGCUGUACUCACAUGAGAACAACCGCGUACCACCCCGCUGCCAAUGGCCUCGUCGAGCGUUUUCAUCGACAAUUAAAAGCUGCCAUCAUGGCUACUUCGUCCGACUCACGCUGGUCUGAGCGUCUACCUGCGAUCCUCCUUGGUAUACGCAAUACAAUCAAAGAGGACAUUGGGUGCUGCCCUGCAGAACUCGUGUUCGGGACGACCCUCAGACUACCUGGGGAGAUGGUACUGGACUCUCGCACCACCGGCGAACUAGACCCCUUCUCGUACGCUGAACGCCUCAAACAGCAUUUUCGAUCCAUUCGACCAACGUCUACGCGGCCUAACCUAUGUAAACAACAAGUCCACCCCGAUUUACACAAGUGUCCGUUUGUUUUCAUCCGCGUCGACGCCGUCCGAAGACCUUUAACUCCGCCCUACGACGGCCCGUACCAGGUCUUGUCACGGAAACCCAAGUAUUUCGUAUUGAAUAAGAAUGGAUCAAAAGAAUCCGUGAGCAUCGACCGACUCAAGCCAGCUUACGUCGAAACUACAGUCGAUAGUAAAGACCCCGUUUCCUCCCCUCAGCAUACCCCCGCCCCCGCCCCUGACUCAUUACCCCCUACCCAACGACACACUGACGCUAGUACAUUGAGUCCUCCGUGCCCUACGACUACACGCAGCUCCAAACACACACGUUCUGGUCGUGUUGUUUCUUUUCCACAUAAGCUUGCUCAAUACGUUCCGUAGGCACUUGUCGAGCGUUUUCUUAGUGCACGCUCUAGGGGGGGAGUACUGUAGCGAUUGUAAAUAAUUUGCUUAUUUUGCAUUUUCACGUUUACCUAUUUCGCUGCAGUUGUUGUACAGCUUUGUUUUAAUUAACUUUUUAUACACACACUUGGUUACGCGCUCGCCUUCCGUGGUUCUUCCUUGGUUGCCGCUGGAUUGUUGUGAUUGUGCGCAUCGCUGCCUGCUUGGUUCACGAUCGGACUCUACGUACACGUACAUUUCGGCAUACCUCGGGAUUUACGGCCGUCCGACGCUAAGGUGCAUCAGGAUACUUUAUAUGUGAGGUAAACCUGACUGACUUGGUAUUCUCCUUUACCGGUUCCUCCAUA